AAAAAAAUAGACCGUAAAGAAUAUCCGGAUAAUGAAUCGUUUGAAUCAGAUCUCGAUUUAAUGUUUGAGAAUGCCAAGAAAUAUAAUGUGGAAGGCUCACAAAUAUAUAAUGAUGCCAAAUCAUUACAGAGAUUAGCACAUAAUCUCUUAGGAGAUAAAUAUGUUAAAACGAAAGAAGGGAGUGAAACGUAUAAAACAUUCGACAAGAUCGAGUAUAAUGGCGAAACCUAUAAUAUAGGCGAUUAUGUACAUAUUGUUAACGAACUUGACCCAGAUAAACCAAAUGUUGGACACAUUUUUAGAAUUUGGAAAAAUCACAAAGGUGAAAGCGGAGUCAAUGUUUGUUGGUAUUAUCAUCCUGAACAAACAAAGCACCAAGUUAGCAAAAAAUUUUUCCAAAAUGAAGUGUUCAAAACAAACACAUUUCAUGACCACUUAAUGCAAGAUGUUUUAGGAAAGUGCUUUGUUUUGCAAGUUAAAGACUAUGUCAAGGGUCGGCCAAAAGGAGGCGAGAACAAGUCAGUUUAUGUAUGCGAAUCAAGGUAUAACGAAGGCAGCAAAGUUUUUAAUAGAAUAAAGAAUUGGCAUCAUGUAAUGCCCAAAGGAUUUGACUUUAAAAAAAUUGAACUCGAUAAAUACGAAACGCCGAUUACAUUGAGAAAAAAUGAGAGUCCAUUAGCGGCUGAAUGGUUAGCUGCUCAUGACAAGGUGGAUGAAUCACAAAAGUUAGAAACAUCUGAAUUUGAACAAAUGUCAACACCAGUGUCAGCAUCUGAAUCUGUAUCUGCAUCUACAACAAUGACACAAACAGCAACACCUAAACCUAUAAGUAUGAAAAGACAACAAAUAGCCAACCAGUUUACCGAUAAUUUAAAUCCACAUCCACUUGUACCUUCACAGUUUCCUUCUAAUGUACAACCACAAUAUAAUCAUUCAAUGGUUCCUCAGCUACCAAUGGCUCCAAUGAACCCUUCUAUGAUGAUGGGAAGGUUACAUGGCUACGGAUAUAGUACUCCUUAUCAACAUCCACAAUCACAUCAUAUGAUGAUUUCUCCUCAGUAUAUACACCCACAUCAUUAUCCAAUGAUGCCAUCACCAAUCUCACAUAACAUGACGACUCAAAUUCCAGAAACUUCUAAAGCAACGCCUAAGCCUUUUCUAAGACGAACGACAUCUGUCGUAUCUAACAAUAACGCGCCUCAAAUCUUUGAUUUGCCUUCAGAAACAGCCGAACAAUUUGCACGUGACGACAAAGGAAGAGUGCUUUGGUUUGUCACUCCACCAAUAGAUGUAAUACCAUUACCUCGACCUGUACAUUCAAUAGAAUAUCUUUAUAGACGAGAAGAAGUUAAAAAGCGCAAGAAAACACAAGAGACAAAUUCCAUUAGUGAAAGAUUAGCGAGCACUUGGAAACAAGAUGCUAUAUCACUUAGUCAGAAAUUUGGCAUGCCUUCAAAUUAUAUGGAAAUAAAUGAUGAUAUCUAA